UUGCAUCUGUACUUGAAUAACCACACAGCAGAAGUGCAAACCCCAUGGUUAAGUUGUUUUCAGAUGUUUUCAUCAGAAAUCUACCUCAGAUGCCUGUGUGCGUAUGCAGAUGUACAGGCCUGUGCAUACGUCAGUCUUGCACACCUAUCUUGGGAACAGACCUGAUGUUCUGACGAACAUUGGUUGACCUGGGGGGUAUAUUUAAUAGGGAAGGAAUUCAUUUGCACUCAAAACCUCUGAGGAAAGGCUGGAGUCCUCUGAAAUGGAAGCGCAACAGAACAAGCUGGAUUUUUUCCACAAGCUUGGCUAUGACAAGGACCAAGUGUGCAAAGUGCUGGAGAAGCUAGGUCAAGAGGCCCUAGAGAACGAUUUGCUACAAGAGCUGAUUCAAAUGGGGGAAAGGCCUCUGGAUCGUGAAAACAGGCUUCAGCAGCAUUUCCAUCCUAACCCUGUUGGCCAUGGAUCUAGUCACACCUUGACCGCUUUCCAACCAUCUUCCGAGGAGGGCAAUGUCCCCUCUAGUAACUUGAGGCCUGUUGUGAUUGAUGGCAGCAAUGUUGCAAUGAGCCAUGGAAAUAAAGAAGUGUUUUCAUGCUUGGGAAUUCAGCUGGUGGUGAACUGGUUCAAACACAGAGGUCACCAGUAUAUCAAAGUAUUUGUCCCAUCUUGGAGGAAAGAAUCAAGUCGAUUUGAUACUCCCAUUACAGAUCAGCAGAUCCUUGAAAAACUUGCAAAAGAGGCAAUUCUGGUAUACACUCCAUCCCGCAAAAUGAAGGGGAAAAGGAUGGUGUGCUAUGAUGAUCGUUAUAUAGUUAAACUGGCCUAUGAGAUGGAUGGGAUCAUUGUCUCCAACGACAACUUUCGGGAUCUGCAGAAUGAAAAUCCUGAGUGGAAAUGGUUCAUUGAGCAGCGACUACUGAUGUAUUCCUUUGUCAAUGACAAAUUUAUGCCUCCUGAUGAUCCCUUAGGUCGACAUGGACCAUCUCUUGGCAACUUUCUCAGAAAGAAACCACUUUUCCCUGAGCCAAAAUGGCAGCUCUGUCCUUAUGACAAAAAAUGCACAUAUGGCAUCAAAUGCAAGUUUUCUCACCCAGAACGACUGAAUUGGAACCAUACUGCUGUAGCCGAUGAGCUCCGAGCAAAGACAAGAGCAUACUCACCCAUUCAGAGUAUAGAAGAUGAGCUGGGAAGACCAAACUCCAGAAAGAACAGAAGUGGGAACACAUCAAGUCAAGGUGGUCCUAGAGGUGAUGAUGCUGUGGGCAACAGAAGCACAUCAGGAUCCAGCUUGGCAAUGCCUCACAAUCUCAUUCCACAGUGGGAAAGAGAUGAUGCCAGAGCAUCAGCCAAUGAGUGGACAAGCAGGCAUCGAGUCAAUUGGUCACCCGGAUCAACUGUUUUACAACAAAGUCAGGCAAAAGAGGAGGAGGCUCUCUCAAAACAACUGACUGCAUUAUCUCUCAGUGAAAGGACCCAUUCUGGAAAUAUUACGGGACCAGGGAAAUACAAAGGUCUUGUGGGUGGUCCACACUGGGACCAUUAUCUCACAUACAACCAGAGUCCACCUCUGCCUCGUCACAACCUGUGUUGGGACUGCCCAUGUUUACAAGUAUGUAAUGCCCAAGGGUGUUGUCGGAUGCAACCACCCUCUGUACAGACUUCACAAAUGCCACCCAGUUCAGUAAGGCAAAGCAUGAAGACCCAACCAGAAGGGCAGCACACCCCAAUGGUGUCUUCAACUGAGAUAUUUUCAUACUUUAAGCAUGGAGACAUACAAUAUCCUGAAAGUCUGCAGGGCAAGGGUUAUGACCAGUUACUUCCGUUGGAUUCCAGAUCAUUUGGAACAGUAGAUCACUAUGCUGAGAACGAGCCCCAACAGCUUAUAGCGCUAAAUCCACAAGCGAGUAUCCAGCAAACUCUGUGCUUUGGCUUCCCAUACAAUGGGUUGCACCAAGCUAUGUCCUCUUUCUCUUCUACUACGAGGAAUACAGAUAUCAGGAACUUAAUGCCAUUUGUUCCAAAUUAUAGGAACCUUCAGAGUGAUACCCCCAGCAGAAAGCCACAGUAAGGAGGUGGGCUUGGUUAUACUUCAUUACGAGUUAAGCAUGCCUUGUCUAAAAUGCUUGGGACAAGAAGGGUUUUAGGUUUUGAAUUUUGGAAUACCCGUAUUUUCAUAUGUUUACCUAAGGGGAAAUCUUGGAGAUGGGAACCAAGCCUAAACACAAAACUCUUUGAUGUUUUAUAUACUUCUUAUCCUACCAACUUUUAUACACUGUAUGCAAUCCUCCCUGUGUUCCUGCUUUGGGUUGGGCUAUAGUAUUCAAUUGCUUUAUUUUUGUUGCCUUUUUUGUUGGCGGGGAAGAGAGACAGGGCCUUUUCUGUGGUGGCCCCCCGGCUGUGGAACGCCCUUCCUAUGGAGGUAAGAUCAGCCCCCUCGCUAAUGGUGUUCCAAAGAAGAUUAAAAACUUGGAUGUUUGAACGGGCAUUCGGUUAAACAGUGCAAUGAAUGUGAUGAUUACAGGAAUGGAAAUUUGGACGACGGAUUGGAUCACGACUCUAGUUAUGAGAUGCAUUGUGUUGUCUAUUGUUGUGUCAAUAUUGUAUAUUAUGCUUUUAUGGUUUUAAAUUGUAUAUCGUUGAUUGAUUUUUAUCCUUGUUGUAAACCGCGUUGAGUCGCCUGUUGGGCUGAGAAACUGCGGUAUACAAGUAAAGUAAGUAAGUAAAUAAAUUAAUAAAUAAAUAAUAGAAGUGCCCUUGGCUGGCCGUGAGGGGCACAGCUGAUGCCAUAGAAAGAUGACCACCACAAAGACCCUUUUACGCCUGCAGAAAAACCUCUGCAAGUCUAUCAGUUCCAGUUUGCACCUGUAUCAACAAUGGCCCCUGAUUCAGGGCAUACUAGGGCUUGGCAAGGAUUUGUUUGUCCUUUCCAGCAUAAUGGAUCAGAGCCUGGCAAACAUAUUUUUCUCCUUUUACUAUCAGUGAUAAGCAAGGGGGGGGGGGAGCUGCCAGCCUUAGCCAAAUCCCUUGUCCACCUAUGUGACCCUGUUGCAACAUCCAAACUUCAAAAAUAUCCCUGCAGAGUGCAGGACAA